GCUUUGGCUGGCUGGCUGGCCAAAAACCACACUGCCAUCUUCUUCUGGAAGCCUCCCCUGCGACUGCGAGAGCGACCCCCGCCGGCCCAUGGCGCCGCCGUUCGUCUACGCCCCGAGCUCCGGCGCCGGCACAUGUCAGGACGCCGCCAUCAAAGCGGCCUUCGACGGCGACCUCCGGCGCCUCAGAGGCACUGUAAAGAGUCUCGACGACCCAAGGGUGAUCUUCUCUUUCGGCAUGGGUGGUGGCAUUGGUGUGCUGCACAUCGCAGCCGUCGGAGGGCAUCUUGAGGUUUGCAAAUACUUGGUGGAGGAACUCGGGGGAGAUGUGAAUGCUCCUGCUCCUGGAGUAGGAGACUUUGCAGGUGUGACACCCUUUAUGUCAUCUGCUCAGUCUGGCGAUGUUUCUACUGUGAAGUAUUUGCUUGAUCAUGGCGGUGAUCUAACAAAGUCAGAUGCUAAAGGACGCACAGUUCUCCACCAUGCGGCAUGCAUAGGAAGCUGUACGGUCACCGAGUUCCUACUUUCAAAAGGAGUAGCUGUUGACAUAGACUGUGGCCGUGGUACACCACUCCAUCAAGCUGCUACUAAUGAACAAGAUAAAACAGUGAAGAUUUUGUUGGAACACCAUGCAGAUCCUAACGCCACUGUCGUCGGAAUUGGUACUGCCCUGAUGGGUGCCCUUCUUUACCGUUCUUUGAAGUGCAUGAAGCUGCUGAUCAAGGCCAGUAUUCUGUUUUCUAUAUCCGUUCAUCGCUAUGUUCUACCAUCUCAGCCAUGCUUUUGUGUCAAUCUACAUGGAGAGGGAGCCGUGACACGUUCUAUUCCACAAUCCUUUUUACAGGGUGGUGCUGAUGUCAAUCGAGGGAGCUCCCUUCCGAUGACUCCCUUAGUGUUCACUACAGGGUGGGGAGGCUAUACAAACUUUGUGAAGUUUCUGUUAAAGGCAGGAGCGGAUCCUAAUAUUCCUGAUGCUUAUGGUAACUUACCAAUAGAGCUUGCUGCUAAACGUGACUGCAUGGAAGAAGUUGAAAUGUUGUUUCCUUUGACUUCCCCAAUACCAACUAUCCCAAACUGGAGUAUAGAUGGAAUCAUUAGAUAAAAUUUACUUGAAUUCCUGGUCAUAUUUUUUGUUCGCCAGUCCUGAAUUUGUCCAUCAACUUGAUCAUCACAUUUAAAAAUAGUAUCGUGACUUUUUCAUGGGGUUUUCUUUAGAGCAUCACCUCGCCAAAACAAUAAAAUUGAAGUAGUUAAAGCUCUUGAGAACAAACUACCAAUUCUAAAUUGGAAGGACCAGACUGGGACCCCAUAUUUGUUGUCGGCUGUUCAUUGGUUAAAAAAAACCUGGUUAUUCAGUAUCGAUCCAAUGAACUGCUGUAAACUGUUCGUCAUGCGCAGCCUUUAAGAUACAGAAAUGCUUUACAAGCAUAAUGCUUGUACAUAGCUCGAAGCAUGGUUCCUUUAUUGUGGAUUUGAAGUUGUGAACUGUGAAAUACACCCAUGUAUAUGCUGUUUUAGUAACAUAUAGUAAUAAUUUGACAUAUUAAUUCUAAAUUAUGUUGGACCUUUUCCUCUUGUGAUUAAAAUCUUGUGUGAGUAACUGCUGCCUUUUGCUGUGUAACAUAAUGUGCACUUUGUAUUGCAGCAUAAGCAUAUCUAGAUACCAAGCUAUGAAGAAUGUGUAACAGAGUUGUGAAGUGUCUAUUUUAAUCGGAAUGUCUUUGAAAUGAUGCUUCAUUCCUACAUUUUUUUC